UUACUACUAGGACUGGAGUAGGGCAGAAGCCAUCACUUUCGAACAGCUAAUUAAGAAAUUUUGUAACAGUGUUGACAAAAGCAGUUCAAGGGGUCGAUCCGUCUAUGCAUUCCAUGGCAAAUCUCGCCGCCAUCGUGUUCGUCGUCAUCCUCAAAGUGGCUGUCCUCUGGCCGUUCACGGCCGCGCAGCUGAGGCCGGACUACUACGCCGGAGUCUGCCCCAACCUGGAGGGCAUUGUCCGGAGCUCCGUGAAGCAGUCCAUGGUGAAGUCCCCCAUCUCCGCCCCCGCCACCCUCAGGCUCUUCUUCCACGACUGCGCCACCACGGGCUGUGACGCGUCGGUCAUGAUCAUCGGUUCGACCGGAGACGACGAGAACCCCGACGGAUAUUUGCUGAAGCCGGAGGGCUUCCAGACAAUCCUCGACGCCAAGGCUGCCGUGGACAGCGACCCGCAGUGCCGUUACAAGGUGUCCUGCGCCGACAUAAUCGCCCUCGCCACAAGAGAGUCCGUCUCCCAGAGCGGAGGGCCGAACUACACGGUGGAGCUGGGCAGGUACGACGGGAGGAAGUCGACGGACAGAAGUGUCAGGCUGCCGGACCCCAGCGACAACCUGGACAGCCUCAACGCCUUCUUCUCAACCUUGGGCCUCUCCCAGACCGACAUGAUCGCACUAUCAGGUGGCCACACCUUGGGCGCGGCAGACUGCGACUUCUUCAAGUACAGGACUGGUGGCAACGACCAGAGCAUGAACCCGAGCUUCGACGCGCAGCUCCAAGAGACAUGUGCCAAACAGAACUUCGCGUUCCUGGAUGACGUGACACCGAUAGGGUUCGACAACUUGUACUACCGGAACCUGCAAAACGGCAGGGGGCUCCUGGGAUCCGACCAGGUGCUGUACACGGAUGAGAGGUCCCGUGGCACCGUGGACUUCUACGCGGCCAACCAGGGCACCUUCUUCUCCGACUUCGUCAUUGCCAUGACGAAGCUCGGCAGGGUCGGGGUCAAGACGGCCGCUGAUGGCGAGCUACGCCGUGACUGCCGGUACCCAAACUAAGGCCCGUCAACCCAUGCAAAGGCACGGCCUAGCAGUGUUGGACAAAAAAUGAAGAAUAAAAUCUCUGGAAUAAUGUUUUGCUUUACUUAAAAAGGAAAUUUCAAUUUGUCUACUUUAGUA